AUGAUCCACGAAGACGGAAUUGAGGUCUACCUCAAGCCUCAUGGGACUGAGAACGAAGAUGUCAAAUUCGCCGAAUUCCCACCUCGAGACUUCGAGUCAUUCGAAGGAGAAGGAGAAGAGCGGAACAAGCGUUGUCUCAUUCUAGCUCACCAGGGCAACUUCGAUGUUGUGGUUAGAUGUCAUCCGCACUUCAAAAUGUAUAGCGCCUCUGGGCUACACACCACGAUACGUGAUGGACGGCAAACGCCCCACAAAGUCAGGUCCAUGAUCACGCAACGGUCGCUUGUCUUUGAGCAAACAUUGACGUGUUUGGCCCACUACCGAGAUACCCAUUGGAAACAAGUCCUCAUGCGCUAUAUCAUGGCAGACGCACCCAAAGCACUGAGCGGUGCAUUUGACCAUGACAAAUGCACUGUUCUCGAAGCAGGGCGGCGUGCGAAUGGCUCAAUCACGGUAACUCUAUAUCGUGUUACUCCAAAAUGGCUGGACCAGGCCGACACCCAGACCAACUUCAACAGACUCUACGGACCUCAGGACCCCUCUGUAGAACGCGAUUUCCAAAAAGGAGAGACGAAGAAGCUCAAAGGCAAGAACGGGUUUCCGUACAUCUUCGAGUUUCGAUAUCGGUCCGAAGACUGCAUCAGAAGUGUAAACAACUCGCAGCCACUGAAUCAAAUGCCAUCUGCCGUCACCAGCGUCGGGGCAAUUGUGGACAUCGCCUUCAUCAAUGAUCCCGACUUCCGCCGGAUCCGGGAGCAAGACAAGGAGGAAAGGCAGAAGAUGAGCGAUGCGUUCAAGAAUCGCCAAGCUGCUAUCGCUGAGCAACAGUCUGCCCAGGCAACGAUUGGUACCCAGGUCGAGAAGAGGGCAGAUGAUGCAAGGAAAUCCAACACCAAGCGUCAAAAACCGACGCCAGAGUUCUGCGACUGUCCCGAUCCCUCACACAAUCGUCCGAAGAAGAAACUCACGCUCAAACUAACGCCUUGGGUCCAAAAUGGCCUUGCAAAGUCGUCAAAACUUCAAGGAGUGGGCGAGGAAGAGCCCCCGAAACCACCGACUCCUCCGCAAAUUUUCUUCAGCAAAGAGCCCGACGCUUCGAAGGAAGACUCGAAGCCUCCAGUGUGCACGAACUGCAAGAAGAUCAAAGUGGCGAAGUCCAAGCGGCCAGCCUUCGUGCGCAAGUGGUAUGCUGAAGACGACGAUGACCAAGACGACGAUCAAGACGACGAUGAGGUCUAUCAAGAGCCUAAGUUGGAGAUAGGAGAGGAGGUGAAAUACGAGAGCAGCAGCGAGACAGUCACAUCUUCAACCGCAGUCAACGCUGGGUCAGAUGCUCAGGAGGAUGACGAGAUCACAGGAAGCACGGCGAACGGGACAAGAGCUCCAAGCCCGGUCGAUGAUUCAAGCCAACAGCAGAAGCCGGCCGGAGAAGUUUCAAUCGCCAUCAACUCAGAGGCUACUAGCCCAUCUCUAGACCAGGGGCGCCAACCAAGCUUCACGGAGCCUCUGAGGUCUUCUCCAGAAGUACCCAACGCCGAGCAAGAGAGUCAGACUGGGACGUCAGGAGAGAUGGCAGUGGCACAAGACCAAGCAGAGGCCGAUGGUGCAGUGGCUCCGCAACGUCCUGAGAAGCGAGCAGCAAGCACCACAAUCGAGCAACAGCCACCGAAGAAGCCCCGCGUGAAUAUCGACCUAACCAUCGACGACGACGAUGACUUGAUUAUCAUCAAAGAAGAGCCAUAG